AUGGCAGGAAAGUUAAGGUUCAUAGCUCAAGAUCUCACAAUUAUUACUGAGAAAUUCGAUGUAAAAGAUAUAUGCCUUACCGACCAUUUAGGAAAUCAAUAUAUUAUAGAUGUUAGUGGUGCACUUAAACUAAAGUAUACCCCCUCGGGAGGUAACUCAGAAGAAUACACAUUAGCUGGGUUGAGUAAUUGGAUAAAAGAUUUAUUUAAGGUACAACCGGAUAAUACACCUACUCUUCCUAAGAGUUUUAUUCACACUAGUGAUAUAACAAGUUGGUGGAAUAAUGCUUUUAACAAUUUUACCUCUACUCAAUCUUAUAAAGAUAAAAAUUAUACAGAGUACAAAAAGGAGGCUUUACAUCUUAUAGCAAGGGAUUUGUUAAAAUGUAUUAGAGGUCAAGAAUGUGAACCAGCUUGUGAUAAGGAAAAAAAUAUAGAUGAAAAUAGUAUAACAAUAGAAAAUUUUGUAAAAGAGAUUCAAGAAAGUUAUGGGUUGAGGUUUUUGAGCUAUAAUGACAUAAAUAACCAAUGGAAUAAUGAAUCUAAACAGUCUAUAUACAAAAAUUCUAGAGAGAUGGUAACAGUUAUUCCUAAAGCAGAUUAUCAAGAAAAGCAAUUUUCAUACGAUCCUAGAAAGUUUUAUAUACUCUUUACACAAACAAUAAUAAAAAUAAAUGAUUUAGCUGAUAUAAUAGGAGAUGUCUUAAAGGAAGAGUACCAAAAAGAAGUCAUUAAACCUAUAGAUAACCCAUUUGCCAGAUUAGAUGGUAGUAAUAUAGAAAAAGAUGAUGGUUUGGUAAGUGAAUUAAUGAGUUAUCACACUGCACAAGUAUUUGAUUUUUUAAGUGCAUUAGAUAUACAAUAUAAUGUUUUCGGCACAGAAGGUUGAUCUUGCUUUAUAAAGAGUCUCACAAUCGUUAUGGAAUGUUUGGUGGCAAACCAGAACUUCUCCUUUGGAUUUAAAUCAGGGAAGUAUGGUGGCAAAAAUAAAACUUUACAUCCAACACUUUUUAUUAAAUUUCUCGUUCUUUCAGGCCUUCAUACCAACUCCCACUACAGAACAACCGAUUGGAAAAAAUGGAAAAUAAAGUUAUACUAAAUCAAUAUGAUUGAUGAGGUUUGGAAUGGCAUUAGUAUCAAAACUAUUAGACGAAAAAGUCGUGAAUUUGGCAAAAGAGAUGAUAAAAAAAGUAAGGUCUAGUGUGUAAAAUUUCAAGAACCACAUUGACUGAGUGGAUAAAGCACCUAAAGUUUGGAAGAGCAGAAAAGCUGUUUGCUCCUGCAGAGCGGCGAAGAAAAAGCAUAUUAAACCCGAGUCAACGUGAGCAAAUUGAACGGUGGAUGGACAAAAUCUUCAGAUUUAUUUAUACUUAAUCCUUACCAUCAUACUCUGGGACCAUACACUUUAGCUGAAUGAAAAAAGAUGUAAUCCAAUUCUUACCAAGAAAAA